ACAGCAAUGAAUAACUCUUCGUAUGACGCCGACUAUGAAGAUGGUAUAUGUGAAAAGGGUGAGGUGGUCCAAUUUGGAGCUGUGGUCAUUCCCGUUUUCUUCUCCAUCGUGAUCACGCUGAGCCUCGUGGGCAACAUCCUGGUCCUCGUGAUCCUGGCGUUGUACGAAAACAUCAGGGCCCUCAGCAACAUUUUCAUUCUCAAUCUGGCCCUGUCCGACCUGGUCUUCACCUGCGGCCUUCCUUUCUGGGCCAUGUACCACAUCUGGGGCUGGCUGAUCCACGAGAUCCUAUGCAAAGUGAUCACGUUUGUCUUCUUCAUCGGCUUCUACAGCAGCGUCCUCUUUCUGACCGCCAUGACCGUCUACAGAUAUCUGAUGGUGGUCUGCCCAAGGUCUGACCUGACACCACAGAACACAAGCGCCGGAGUCUUCGUAUCCAUCAUCCUGUGGAUCAUCAGCGUCGGAGCGUCCGUACCCUCGCUUCUCUUCAGCGCCGUGAUCCCAACCCCCCACAAGGACCAUCACUUCCUUGGCUGUGAAUACGAGGACGACCUGUGGGAGACGGUCGGCGUUUGCCAACAGAACAUCUUCUUCUUAGUGGCGUUUGUGGUCAUGGCGUUCUGCUAUUGUAAGAUACUCGGGAGAAUCGCAGGAAGCAGAUCCCGCACAAAGAGCCGAGCGGUUAAAUUAGUCUUCUGCACUGUGGCCACGUUCUUCCUGGGCUGGGUGCCAUACAACGUGGUGAUCCUUCUCAGGCUUUUCAGUUACAAUCUAAUUCCGCCUUUUGAAGAAUGCGACGUUAGCAUACAGCUUGAUUACGCCUUCUACGUGUGCCGGCUCCUUGCCUUCUCCCACUGCUGCCUCAACCCGGUCUUUUACGCACUGUUGGGCGUCAAAUUCAGGGGUCAUCUGAAAACCAUGUUCAGACGAACAAGUCCGAGUGAGACGAGACAGCAGAGGGGGAAACAAACCAUGUCACAGGGGUCAAUGUAUUAGAUAAGGGGUGUCCACAAGUUUUCCACCGAGGACCAGACAUGUUCAUCAACUUUGUGUUGUUAGUAGGGGUGCAUGAUAAACAGACAGAUAAUUAUUGUGCCAAUAUUAGGAAUCAUGACAUCACACUGGUAACAUAAAAAAAGAAUACCUGCGUGCCGCACUUUGAACAUCCCAUGUAAAUGCUGUUCACGUUAACCUAUUUGUUGUAUGUUGGAAAAUUGUCAAAAAAUCCCCACAAAAUAUAACCUGACUUUCGCCAGAUCCUUGUAGUUCGCUGAGCUCCACACAAGGAUCUGGGACUAUUUACUGACACAGUAUCUCACAAGUGAGUACACUCACAUUUCAGCAAGGAUUUGUCUUAGUGUCAAGAGACAGACAUACUUCAGAGAAGUAUAGCAGUAUAGAUUAAUUAUCCACUAAAAAUGAGUCAACACACAGCCGUUAUUUUCUGAAUAGCUCGCUACACAAGUGAGUAGCAAGUCUAAUUGAGCACCUGUGGCGAAUUCCUCAGACAAAAGGAAUAUUUGGACAUGUUCACUUGUUUUGACAGCUAUUUAGACAAUAUUGACUGUCUGAUGUUAUACAAGCUGUACCUUGGCUAGUCUAAAGUAUAUUCAAGUUUGCUAAGACACAAUGCAUUUCAUUCUCCAACGUUUUUACUUUUGUUUUUGCUUCCUCUGUAAAUCAGUUACCCAAAUACAGUAUGUGAUUUUAACUGACUUACUGAUCCAUUAUAUUAAAAUAAAAUUUUUCCCCCGCAUUAUUGAAAUACACUGCCAGUAAGAGGAAUGAGAACCAUUGAUAUUGUUUCCAAUAGCUUCAUCUUCCUG